CGUCAAUCUAACAGUAUCUUCCCAAGUGUGCAAUGUUGACCAAUAUCGGACACCACUUUAACUUUCAAAGUUUAAAUGCUCAGAUGAAUCUUUUAGAAGCGUCUUACCCCCACAGUUAUGCGGCAUUGUCAGCGUUACAGAGCUACCCCCAUUACAGCGGGCACCUACCAGGGGUGACAGGGCCUCCUUCUGAUCAAAUCGCAGCUUUGGAUUGUAGCAUAAACCAGGGGUAUUAUUCCACCGGCCCUGUCAAGUUCUCCGUGGAUAGAAUUCUUACAACAGGGGAGCCACGUUCACGAAGUUCUUCUCCUGUCGUCGACAAAGAUGACCCCGGCAAACACGACUCCCCGCACAGCAGGGAUUCAAAAGACGAUGGAAAAGACAGCCAGUCUGUAAAACGACGCCGAACUCGCACAAAUUUCACUGGCUGGCAGUUAGAAGAGCUGGAAAAGGCGUUUCAAGAUAGCCACUACCCCGAUGUUUUUAUGCGUGAAGCUUUGGCUCUUAAACUAGAUCUCGUGGAAUCUCGUGUUCAGGUUUGGUUCCAAAACAGACGAGCAAAAUGGCGAAAGAAGGAAAACACGAAAAAAGGUCCUGGACGCCCAGCUCACAACGCGCAGCCGCAAACAUGCAGCGGGGAGCCGAUGGACCCAGAAGAAGUGAAACGAAGAGAACAAGAGCGUGCGGAGAAGAAGAGAAGGAAACAGGAAGAUCGUCUUCGCAGACUCGAAGAGAAGAGGCGAGUUUCCGGUGAUGGAAAGGUUAAACUGUCCCUCUUGUCACUGUCUGACUUGUCCAGCUCCGCCAGUGACGGCCCGUACAGUUCGUCACUUUUAUCACCCAAUACCCGACCAGAUACCGGAAGUGACGACAGCAAUCAUGGCCAACCGGAGAAGCGGAAGUGCCCUUUCAGUAUAGACAGUCUUCUAGAAACGCCUAAAGUGCCGCGUGGUCGAAGACCGAAUUCAAAAUACCCACGUGUACAAGCAUGUAAAUCAUUAGGACCUUUAGCUCUUGGCAUGAUGCCACUGUUUCCUAUAACACAACCAAUAGGAUUUGUGGUUGAACAGCUCUCCGAAGACGAAGAAUAUGAUGGUGAUAGUGACACGAAUAUGCCACACAACCUGAGUUUUAAAGAAUCAAGAGACAAUGAUAAGACUCCAGAGGAGAAGAACACUGUGAAAUCGGAGGAAGAAAGUGCUUGUGUUCAGGUGCAGCAAAUAAAAGAAGAAGAGGUACCCGAGGAACAUAUCGAUGUCCUCGAAUGUUCAUGAGACGAGGAUGAGGAAGAAGCAUUGGAUGAAGUGUUUGAUGAAGACGUUAAGGAGGAAGAGAAGUGUGACAGCAGUCAGUAGAUAGUAGCUGACCGAGUAGCUGUACCUGUUAGUCUGUGAUGCAUGAACCUGAUGAAACUAAUACUAGGGUUCAUUAUAGUUCAAAACGUUUAGGCGAGUUUCUUUUGUCGAACUGAGUUUGAGCAGCUGUAAACAUGUAUGUGAAACUGAAAAGACAGUGUUGACUUAUCACAGAAAGAGUUUGGAUGGAAACGAAACAUAAAUCCCAGAUAACACUUCCAUUUAUAAGCUGUGAUCACCAUCGUAUACUGUUUAAGUAUUUAAAGAAAUUACAGAUGAAUUACAUGUUUGUUACAUUAAAGACAAAUGUCUUUUUGUAGAUCAAUAUGUCCAAAUCUGUGAAACAGAUGUGAUAGAAAUGUGAAGAUUUUGGUACGUAGAGCCUGAAUUUCAUACUCAGUAAAUGGCAACGACAAGCUGUCGCCUUGAAGGUUCAGCGAUACCCAACGUGAAGUGCCACUUUGUGAAACUGUGUGGGUGAAACCAGUGCACCUGUGUGAAUGCUGGGGUAAACAUGAGCGUAUGAAUGUGAUGUUUGUGGUGUUUAGUUGAGUAUUUGUUGAGAAUGUGCCAUAGUAGCGAAUACGUUGAUACUAGACUGUGCUCGAGUCUAUAUUGGUCACAAUAAAACCAUAUUACAUUAA